AUGCCUACCAUCAAAUCACCAGCGCCAGGGGGGCAGGCAGGCAAACCAGAUAAAAUAGAUCAGGCCUCUGCUGGAGGCGGAGGGAAGCAGCUCUCUCAAGACAACACAAAUGGUGCUGCUUUCGCCGCUGUAGCUCGGGAGCGCGAAGCUGCACCAGGGUUCUUCGAUCUUCGGAAGCCCCCUUCCCAGGGGGCCCCUCCUGCGAGUAAGGCGAGCACUGCUGCUGCUGCCCUCAAGCUACGGCAGAAAGAACGGCUGGAAAUCGCCGAGCUCAAUCAGCGCAUCUUGAUCGAGAUGCCCCCACCUGGUGGAGAGUGGACACCUCCAGCGCUGGCUGCGUUGCACCAGGAGAAGCAGCAGGAGGAAGCUGCUCCAGGCAGCACUAGGGGGGGCAGCAUGAAGCCCAAAUAUGGCAUUUUGACAGAGAAAGUCUUUACCGACCUUCCUCUCUCGAGUCUGACAAAGCGAGGCCUCGCAGCAUGCGGCUUUUCGCGCAUCACUGCGAUUCAAGCGGCUGCAAUCCCUCAUGCGCUAGCUGGCAGAGACAUCAAGGCACAGGCUAAAACAGGCAGUGGCAAGACGCUUGCUUUUGUCUUGCCGAUCCUAGAGCGCCUUUUCCGGGAAGAGAUUUGCAGCUUGGACGGCACGGCUGCACUCGUCUUGACACCCACCAGAGAACUUGCAGUCCAAAUCUUCGACGUCUUCAAAGAUGUUGGAAGAUUUCACGAGGUGUCUAUUGGCUGUUUGAUUGGGGGCAAAGACUUAGAGGCUGAGGCACAGCGGAUCGGACAGCUGAAUAUCAUUGUUGCUACACCUGGACGCCUCUUACAGCAUAUCGAAGAGUCUCCUCUUUGGGAUGCCAGCAGGCUACUCAUGCUGGGUACAUGCGUCUUUGCUGCCACUGUUGCCACUCUUGCUGCUAUUGAAUAUGCUGCUACUGAAACUGCUGCCACAAUUGACGAAGCGGACAGACUUGUAGACUUAGGCUUUCAGGAGACAGUGAAGCUGAUUGUUUCUUCGCUGCCCUCCAGCAGACAAACGCUGCUCUUUUCUGCGACUUUGCAUAGCGCAGUGCAGCGGUUGGGGCAGCUGUUGUGCAGUCACAAGCCGGAGGCUGUUUGUACAGACGAACCGCAAAAACAGCAGCAGCAACAGCACAAGGGGCCGUUGAAGCAGAGCUACAUGGUCUUGAACCCGAAACACAAGACGUCUGCGCUUUUCUCAAUUCUUCGAGCGCAGUGCAAGAAGAAAAUCAUCGUCUUUGUUGCCUCCUGCAAGCAAGCAAAGUUUCUGCAUGACGCCUUCAAGCUGCUCAAACCUGGGCUGUCUCUGCUGUGCCUCCACGGCAGGCAGAAGCAACAGAAGCGGCUGGACACCUUCCAAGACUUUGUUUCUCGCCGUUCUCCGUGUUGCCUGAUCAGCACCGACCUUGCGGCUCGAGGCAUUGACUUUGUGCAUCAGGGGAGUUCUCUGGAGGCCUCUCAGGGGACAAACAGUGAUGACUUGGAAGGCGGCGAGGGGCUUACAGCGGUGGAUCUGGUGAUUCAGUUUGAUUGCCCAGAUAGCGUCGAUACGCAUAUACACAGGGUUGGAAGGACCGCUAGGUUCACGAGGAAAGGCCGCGCUAUUCUUCUUUUGCUGCCUUCGGAGGUUUCCUUUGUUGAGGAGCUGCAAGCCAAGGGGAUGGCACUGCAGCGGAUCAACGUGAACCCGAAUAAGGCCGUCCGAGUUGAAUCCAAGCUUCAAGCGCUUCUCGCUGCGGAUCCCUCCCUCAAAACCUUGGCGCAAAAGGCCAUUGCCUCGUAUUUGCGCUGUCUCUCUGUCAUGCCGAACAAGAAGGUAUUCGACAUCCACGCACUUGACCUGCAGCAGCUCGCCGUGUGCUACGGCCUCUCCAUCGCCCCCUCAAUUGAGCACCUUGCAGUGCAGCAGCAGUGCGAGGAGCAGCAGCAGCAGCAACAACGACAAAACGACGAGGAAGCGCCGAAAGACUCCGCGAUGCACGGAGGGGCCGUCGCUAACAGCGAGCACAAGAAGAAAAACAUGUCCAAGUUGGCAAGACUGAAGGAGCAAAUUCGCGCCAAGAAGCUGCUAAAGCAGCAGCAGCGGCAACAACAGCAGCAACAGCAGGAGCAGCAACAAGAGGAGGGAGCCGAAGCGCUAGAGGCACGUCGAGAGCAGAAGAAGUCUCCAGAGCAAAAAGGGGCAUCUAACAGGGGCAGCAGCAGCAGCACCGCAGCACCUGCAGCAGGUGAGAGCGACGCUGGCCAAGGCGCUGUGGAAGAGUUUCUAGAAUUGAAGGAGAAAACCUCGGAACAACUCACGGAGGAGUCAUCUACGGCGAGAAAUCUGCGACUGCAAGAAAUGCUGCUGCGCAAACCUGCUUACCAGCGCGAGCGUCUGCAGUUCCGGGCAGAUGGGACGGCCAAAGUGAAGGGCCUCGCUGCGGCAUCCACGAAUUCUCACAUUCUCUUCAGCGACGAAGAUCCUUCUGAGACAGAGGCGCUCCCCGAGGAGGCUCACGAACCACAAGAUAGCAGCAGCAGGGAGGUUGCUCGUGAUUUGCGGGAGGAAUUUCUACAGCAAAUGCGCAGCAAAAUGGAGUUUGUGCGGCAACACGACAAGGAGCGAGAUCAGCAAAGAGUGCGGGAGCGGCAUCUCAAGAAACGGAAGAAAGAGAGGAAGGCUAGAAAAGGAGAUGCAGUCGGCACGACCACCGUUUUGGGGGGAGACACCAGCGAGGAGGAGAGCUUCUCUGAAGCCUCUGCCUCGGAAGAAUCAGCGGAAGAAGCUCCUGAGCUGCCUUCUAAAGUCGUCAGAGGGGGCCCUGAGAAGGCACCAAGUAACCGGAGGGAGAGACCCCCAAAGAAGCAGAAGAGGGAGGCUUUCUCUUUGGAAGAGCUGGAGAAGAUGGCGUUACGGGCAGCGGCUGCCUGA